AUGUCUCAAUUUCAGCCUGAUGAGCAGGAGCUGCUCCAGAGAUACCAGAAAGAGCGCGAAAAGCGCAUUGCUGAUGCAGCUAUCACCGAAUCCUUUGAUACCCGGUCAAAAGAAAUUCAAGAUCUUGCUAAGGACCUAUGGGUAGACUGGAACGACCCAAGAAUUCAGAAUCCUCCCCUCAAGGAUGGAGAUAGCGUAAAGUUUCUAGUCAACGGGGCUGGUCACAAUGGCCUGCUCUACGCUUGCCGUUUGGUCGAGGCUGGGUUCAGUGCAAAGGACAUUGUAUGCGUUGAUACAGCGGGUGGAUUUGGCGGCACCUGGUACUGGAAUCGGUAUCCUGGGCUCAUGUGUGAUAUCGAAAGCUACAUCUAUCUUCCACUUGUAGAGGAGACCGGAUAUACGCCCAAGCACAAAUACUCAUUUGGCGCCGAGAUUCGCGGUCAGAAUGAGCGAGCUGCUAAGCACUUUGGCAUCCAGGGCCAGUUUUGCACCAAGAUCGAGUCGCAGAUUUGGAACGACGACAAGAAUGUUUGGGUCGUACAAUUGACCCGUACCGUGGAUGGGAAUGGAAAAACUGAAUCUUUGACUGUCUUUGCGGAUUUUGUCAUUGUCAGCGGUGGUGUCCUCAAUGUUCCGAAGAUUCCAAAGCUUCCAGGCUGGGAAGAAUUCAGAAAAAACAAGCGGGUGUUUCAUUCCGCUUGCUGGGACUAUACUUAUACGGGCGGUACCCAGGAGCAGCCUGACUUGGUCAACCUCAAAGACAAGACAGUUGCAAUAGUUGGUACAGGCGCCACUGCUGUGCAGAUCAUACCCGAAUUGGCCAAGUGGGCCAAACACUUGUACGUUGUUCAAAGGACACCGUCAUACUGCGGGUAUCGCGGUAACCGUUUGACCGAUGAGGAGCAAUUCAAAGACUUGUCGAAGGAGAAAGGAUGGCAGAGCGCCCGGCGACUCAAUUUCAACGCAUGGGUCACUAACAAUCCUGAAGGAUACGGACCUAAUCUUGUAAACGAUGGAUGGACCCAUACUCCAGCUGCCGAAGCUUUUUUGGGAACAACCAGAAAAACAGUUCGGCCACACGAGGCGGAAGAAUACAUGCGAGAAGUCCAUCGAAUUGACCGGCCGCGUACUGAUGCCUUGCGCAAGCGCGUCGACGAUGUGGUCAAGGAUAAAGACACUGCCGAGAAGCUGAAGGCUUGGUACGGCAGUUGGUGCAAGCGGCCUACUUUCCAUGACGAUUACUUGGAAGCAUUCAACAAACCCAACGUCACCUUGAUUGACACUGACGGAAAGGGUCUGCAAGCAUUCUCCAAGAAUGGCCUAUUGUUCGGCGGCCAGGAGUACGAAAUCGACGCUCUAGUCCUCGCAACUGGAUUUUCUCAAUUUAACAAUGGAGAUGUUUCUCAGAAGCUCGGUACAGUUAUGCGAGGACGGAAUGGGCAAACCAUGACCCAAAGAACCGAAACUGCGACUAACGCGCCACUGUUGGGUAUGGCGAUUUCGGGCUUUCCAAAUGUCUUCUCCUUCUUUUCCCGCGGGGGUGGGGCUUCGUGGAAUCUCACAUCCAUAUACGAUACAAUGGCAAAAUACCUAGCAUCCAUACUCAAGCAGGCACACAUGGAGCUGGAAGACGGGAAAAAGAUAAUCGUCGAGGCCACUCCAGAAAGUGAAGAUAAAUGGGGCGAUGAGAUUGCAGAGAGGGCUGCUGUGUACAGUGGAAUGAGUGCUUGCACGCCUAGCUACUUUACUGGUGGUGCUCAAGGUAUCAAAGCCCGGGAGAAGCAGAGCAACGAGGACUUGGCAAAAAGUGCAAGGAUGGCGGCCUGGGGCUCAGGCCCGGUCGAUUACCAAGAGAUAUUGGAACGUCUCGCAACCAAGCCAGAGAGUGGAGGCUUCAAGAUUAGUGUUGUUUCUGCAACCGGCUAA